AUGAAGGCUGAGAGUUUUAAAACUAUCAAGAGACGCCUGUCUCUUCAAACUCUUGAGCUGAUACGCCAGCGUGGAGCAGCACGAGCCGCAGGGAACAAAGAACUCACGUCCGAGCUCGCAAGGCUUUGCAGAGAGGCGAUAAAGGAAGACCUUAAAGAGAGAAGAGCAGAAGUGUUGGCUGAAGCUGCAGAGGAGGGGAAAAGCAUCCGCUAUGCCCGUCGAGACUUCGCCAGUCGCAAGACGAGGAUGACUGCUCUCCGGAACCCAAAGGGAACAGCCAUUACAUCGAGAAGGGGGAUGGAGAAAAUCAUCUACGACUUCUACUCUGAUCUCUUCGACAGCCAUGUCCACUUGCCUCCUCACCACCUGAGGGAAGAUGGACAAGUCAUUCUAGAGGUUCUCCCGUCCGAAAUACGACAUGCUAUCAUGUCGGUAAGAAAUCGUACGGCACCCGGUCCCGACAGAAUAAGACCAGAACACCUGAAGAGCCUUCCGCCAGGACUCAUCAACACCCUGGCGAGGCUCUUUACACGUUAUCUGUCGGAAUGCCAGGUUCCUAAACAGUGGAAGACCAGCAAGACCGUGUUGUUGUAUAAAAUAGGGAGAUCCACAUGA